AUGUAUCUCCAUACACCAAAUGGAUGCCUCAAGCAGAACAUCACCCAACGUGCAUUCAUCAGGGUGAACCAGGCCAAGAAACCUGUCUCAACAGUGACAUUGAUCGGGCAACAUGGCCAAGAAGAGUUUGACCUCCGCGACCCCUCACAGCUAUACAAGCUCUUCGACGCGGUGGUAGACAGCGAAUUCAUCUUCGCGCUGAAGGAGGCACUUCGCCUCCAAGAUGCUCUCCAGCAGACAGUGGAACCUCCACCACAGUCGACAGCCCAUGCUCAUCCGGGUUCGCCCUCCAUCACCGAGCAAUACCAGCAUGCUUGGAAUACCCAAGUUCAGCCUCCUGCCCACGCACUUGUCAUAACGAAUAGCCAAGUUCGGCCUCACGCCCGCGUACUCGCUAUCAAGAAUGGACCGAAGGAAGUAACGAAAAAGCCUUCCUCCAGGAGAUUCGCAGAGCGAAAUGCCUUCAAGACCAACCCAUGUCGCAUGCGCUACCAGCUCCUCCCUUACUCCGCAAUCCCCUUCCACCUCAUCACCUGGCCACGAAGCGAAUCCGUGGUCCCACCUUCAGACCUCGCAGAAAGUUCCGCCUUGCGAGAUUUCAUCACCGUGGACGGCGAAGCAGGCUGCGAGCACGACGAGACGCUGCUCUUCUACCUGAUGGGACUCGCGAUGGAUCGCCUCACACUCGAAGGCUUUGCUCUAUUAGCCCAUGAGGUGUGCGACCUCCGAAUCCGUUUGUCGCGGAGUAGACGCGGAGUUGAUCCGCCUUUCGGUCCUACGUCUGGACGACUGCUCGCAGUGGAGCCACACGGGCUGAAUGAUAAGAUACAUAUCAUCUGUCGCGAAGACGUCGAGGACAAGAUCAGGAUGUGGGUGGUGAAUGAAGACCAGGGCCAACAGAGCUGCAUCAUUCGCAUUGAGAAGCGUUCCGAGAAUGCGUCGCGAACGCUUUCGAGUCUGGGGAAGAGGGAGGUAUCGUCGUCGCCGAGAGUGUACUGCGAUAUUGCGGCUAAGAAAGUGAAGGUGGAAUGA